GGCCGCGUGGUGACCCACGUUGUAUCGCGCGGGGGCCCCGGUGCGGCCCCCUAGGGAGGAAAGUAGUGCACCUUUGCGGCAAUGGCAGCGGCCCUUCCGCGCGCAGUCCCCCAGGGUAGGAUGGACGACUACCCCAAGGACCGUUCACUGAACUGGCUGGACAGAGAGACCCAGCAGCGCCUUUGCAGACAGGGCCGGGAGGUGCUGCAGCGGGCGCAGAGGAGAGCUGUCAACCGGCCCUCACUAGUGGAAGAUCUUCGGGGAGAACGGAAACCGAUAAACCUCAAUACUUCAUUCAAUACGAUGAUGGAAUACAUGGAUUACGUUUCAAGCCAGUGUGGGAGGUUUCAUUCUGUACCAGAAAAGGCAGCGAUGAAUCACGUCUGCAGAUAUCACCAAAACCACGUGGAUCCAAUGUCCUCUUCCUGGGUGAGACGGAAAAAAUCCACAUCCCAUGAUGCUAGAGAGAGCUACCAAGUAACAAAUAUUGGCCCAGGACCAUCCACGUUUGAUCCAGAAUCAUCCAGGUUUGACCCAGGACCAUCCAAGUUUGACCCAGGACCGUCCAAGUUUGACCCAGGGUCAUCCAGGUUUGACCCAGGGUCAUCCAGGUUUGACCCAGGACCAUCCAGUCUUGGCCCAGGACCAUCCAAAUUUUACCCAGGACCAUCCAGGUUUGACCCAGGACCAUCCAAGUUUGACACAGGGUCAUCCAGGUUUGACCCAGGACCAUCCAGGUUUGACCCAGGACCAUCCAGGUUUGACCCAGGACCAUCCAGGUUUGACACAGGACCAUCCAAGUUUGACCCAGGACCAUUCAGAUUUGACACAGGGUCAUCCAGUCUUGGCCCAGAAUCAUCCGAGUCUAUGGCCGGAACAAGUUCAAAGGACAUCACAAUAGAAGUUUGUCCAGGCACCUAUACUGUCACAGUGGGGUCCCCUAAUGUAACCACAACACACAUGAUAGAGGUUGACUCAGGAGAAAUCAUCGAUCUGAGUUUCCCUCUUUAACACCGGUCAGCACUUUUUUUUUUUAAAUAGCAAAGAGUGUUAAACCAAACCACACUGUGGUUCUCUUUGUCAGUAUUUAUGCACGAAGAGUAUGUAUGUGGAGUGCCAAUCAAGCCGGUCAGAUGUCCUAGGACCUCUGGUCUGUCUGUCUUGAAGCCUGUUUUAACUAAAUGCUCUGAAAGGGGAGAGGUAGGAUGUAUCUCUUGCUUUCCCCUGCCUGAAUGUGAAGAAUAAUGUGCCUUGAUAUUUGACUGUAAAAUUGUGAUUGUUUUCUUUUUCCCUAUGGAGUUAAUCAUGGAAAUAAAGAAAUUUUGGAAGUAA